AUGGUCAAGUUCAGUUCCCUCGCCCUCUUCGGGCUUCUCAGCCUCGCCUCCGCGGCACCAAGAGUCGUCAACGUUAUGCCAUUCGGGGCUUCAAUUGCCUCACAUUGCUGGCGCGCCAAUCUCCAAACCUCGCUCCGCGCCAUCAGCGUCAACAACUUCGACUUUGUCGGCUCCCAAACCAGCAACUGCGCGGGCGUAAACAUUGACCAAAACCACCAAGGCCUCCCUGGCGCCCUCGCUACGGACUUUGCAAAGAAUGGAAACCUUCCCACAUGGCUCGCCGCCGCCAAACCUGACGUCAUCCUCAUGCUCCUCGGCACCAACGAUGUCCUCAUCGCCAGAAAGCCCGUGGCCGACAUCCUCGCCGCCUACGACAUUCUCAUCGCGCAGAUGCGUGCCAACAAUCCAAACAUGCAAAUCGUCUUCUCCAACCUCCUGCCCCUGGACCCUGCUCGCUUCCCUGCCGCCGCCGUUCAGGGCAUCAAGGACCUCAAUGCCGCCAUUGCCACGUACACGCAUAAAAUGGCUACCUCGGCCUCGCCCGUCUAUCUCGUCGACAACUAUGAGGGCUUCAACGUCCUCACCGACACUACGGAUGGCGAGCACCCGAAUGAGUCUGGGAAUGCGAAGAUGGCCGCCAAGUUCUUCCAGUCGACCAGAAAUGCUAUUCGUGCCGUGAGUCGAUCGCGCUUCGUCGUCAAGCGCAGGAGGGUGACGGGUGCGGCUAGACGGGCGGAAGCCGUCAACUUGAUGGGAUGA